AAAAUGGAAAAUCCGGCCAAGAGAGUGUUGAUGACAUCCAACGGCGACCUGGUUUCCCGAAACAUCGCUUUCCAUCUAGCCAAACACGGUUGCAAGUUGGUAAUGAUGGGAAAUGAGUCUUCUCUAAGCAGCAUUGUAGACAAGAUUAGAGAUUCCAUUGAGGGAGCCUUCCCUGUCGAUGUGAUUGCACUCGACAUGGAAUCUGAUUCUGAAGAUGCUUUCCAUGCCGCUGUCCAAAAGGCAUGGACCUGUUCCGGCUAUUUCGAUGCUUUUCUCAACUCUUAUUCCUACCAAGGAAAGAUGCAGGACAUUCUUCAAGUUUCUCAAGAUGAGUUCAACAGAAUCUCAAAGAUCAAUCUCACCGCUCCAUGGUUUCUCUUGAAGGCUGUAGCCACAAGGAUGAAAGACCAUGGAUCAGGAGGCUCCAUUGUCUUCAUGGCCACUAUCGCCAGCGGUGAGAGGGUGCUUUACCCUGGAGCUGAUGCCUACGCUACUACCUCUGCCGCUAUUCAUCAGCUUGUUCGGGCAUCAGCCAUGAGUCUAGGGAAGCACAAGAUACGGGUCAACAUGAUCUCUAGAGGGCUGCAUCUGGAAGAUGAAUAUCCAGCUUCUGUCGGAAGAGACCGAGCGCAGAAGCUGGUCAAGGACGCUGCACCCCUCGGCCAGUGGCUCAACCCGGACACAGACCUCUACUCCACUGUUAUUUACUUGAUCAGCGAUGGCUCACGCUUCAUGACAGGCACCACUGUCUUGGUGGAUGGAGCGCAGUCCCUUACGCGACCCCGUCUCAAAUCCUACAUGUGAUCAAAACAGAGUAUUAUAAUUCUAUGUUGUGUGUGUUUACUGUAAAAAGUGAACAUGAAUCAAGUUUGAAUAACUUUGGAGGGAUGAAUAAUCCAUCCAUCGAAGCAAAGCAAUGAUUAUAUACUUUUGACAAAUAUAGAAGAAAGCAAAUA